UCGGACUCGCGCUAUCUUGUUUCGCACAUCUCAGUGGUUUAAAAGCCCACAGAGAGGUUGGUCAAUAGCUCGUCCAGACCUACGUUAUCACCUCUGCAAGCUGUUGUCAACUAAUAACCCUGUGUUGCCUCCCUUUCCAUCAACCCAACUUCAGCUCGGUCACUCAUUCCAAUGUCGUCUCCAGUGAUGCAAAUCGACGGCAUCUCCGUCCAUCUCCUCCUCUUAUCGCUCCCUCUUUGCGUCGCAGCAUACCUCUUGUAUACCUUCCUCUUUCGUUCCCAGCGCCCCGAUGUCCAGCGAUUGAGCAACGAGCUGCUCUCCCUCUGGCUCACUUGGGAUGGCUGCAUACACGGACUAUUCAUAGCCCUCGCCACUAUCAGUCCUCCAACUGCCGCCACGACUUCACGCAUUGCGAUUAUUUGGCAGCAGUUCACCCUACCCCUACCAUCAGGAAAGUUCCAGCCUGCGGACGUGAUCGCCCAGAUGGCAGUGCUAUUCGUCAUGCCCAUAGGGAUCUCUGCAGUGAUGCGUUGGCACAGGGAGGGAAAGAGAUGGAGGGAGGGGGAGAUGGUUGUCGCUGCUAUGGAGAUCUAUGCUACCAUUCUUGGGUUUAUCAGGUUCCGACCUGAGAGGUUGAGGGACAUGUCCCCAGAGCGGAGGGAGGCAGCCUUGACAACCUGGGCCGCGUUCUUCUUCUUGAACAUCUUGUGGGUCGUUAUUCCCGCCGUGCUGUUGUGGUGGAACUUCCGGGUGCUGUCCAUUGAGUCAAACGAGCCGCAAGAGCAGCACGCGUACGAAAAGGCAGAGCAUGACCAGAAUACCAUCUCGAUGGAGGCAGAGUUUGAGGAGCAGUAGUCGUGAAUUGGGUAUAUGGAGUCCAUAACUUCGGUCUUUGUACAGUAUUUUCAUCAUUAGUCCUUGAUCGUCAUAAAUGCAGAAUUACAAUAUCGG